CCAGUUCCGUACAGUGUGUGUGUAUUUGGUAGCCAGGUGUGUUUUUUUACACACGCGAGGCCUGGAUCCUUCAGUUUCUCUGGCGAGAAAUCGGAGGAGGAUACCUGUUCUUCCGUUGCACGGUACGAGCACGCCGACGUUCACUCGGCAAUGGACGGUGGACUGCGGUGGCAGCCGAGGCGCUUACUGCUCUGGAUCGUGGUAGCAUGUGGCUAUCUGUGUUCUGAGCUGGCUAGCGGGAGCACGGGAGAUGUUUUCUUCAUCAACCAAACAACAGGUGGAUGUGGAAGUGAGGAUAGAGAUGUUCCAGGUGGAGUGAGUGUAUCUGCAGUCACCAACAGCUCUGCUACAAUCCACUGGGACGCUGUUGUGGUCCAGUCGGGUGCUAGUCAUGUCCUGGGCUACCAGGUGAUCUACUGGUCAAAGGCCGAUACAAGAUACUCUGGAGUGAAUGUGACUGGACUGAGCAGCGAGCAGGCAACCCUUCAGAACCUCCAUCCCUAUACCUCUUACCUCGUGGCCGUGAGGCUGCGCUGCAGCGAGGGGAGAGUGGGUGUGGCCAGCCCCGCCUUCAGUUUCAACACUGAGGCAGCCGAGCCGACAGGGAAGGUGGUCAACCUGUCAGUGAGUCUUGUUGGCAGUGGAGAGCACGAGGCCACCAUCUCCUGGAGUCCCCUCAGCUCUGGCGACUGGAACGGUGUGCCCUAUGGAUACUAUGUGUAUGUGUUCAUGUACAAGCAGGAGAGUAUGUGUGGAGGAGCUCCAAUUGACCAGAAACCAUUCAAACGUCUCGUGCCAUCACCAGCACGCAGCUCUCCCUCUCUGAGUUGUGCUACCGUGUCAUAGUGUUCCCAGUCAACCACAAGGCCUGGGGUCCCAGCUCAGACCCUCUCUACUUUACCUUCACCAGAUUGUCUCGCCAGCUCACCCUCCUAGCAGCUGAUGAUGUGCCUCGGCCAACGUCCCCUCCCCCAACUCCGUUCCUGAGCUCUCCCCAUGUCUACAUUCUGUUGGUAGGUGUACUGGCCGUGGUCCCAGUGGUGUUUGGCAUCGUCAUGUGCAAGAAGGCCAGGGAGAGAAAGAGCAAGAUCCACUAUGCUAGAGGUAUUCAAGGUGGAGACAUCCAGAUGUACCCACUCUCCCCUAUGUCGGCCGGCUCGCCAUCAGCUCACCUCUCCCCGCGCCCCAUGGGCUCCCGUGCCCAACACUUCAGCCCCAUGUCCAACCCGAGCCCCGUGACCCCCUCUCGCCCCCUCCUCUCCUCCCCCAUGCCACCCCACUGUGACUAUCCUCCUCCCCUGCCCACCACCCACUUCACGAUGCCCCUACCCAUGCACCCGCCGCCCGUCCACUCCCCCACCAGUCCCAAGUUCCCCUCGCCCAAAGGUGGAGCCAUGGGGGACCCGGGAUUCAUGCCUCGCAACUUCAACAACAUGGAUCCAGUAGAGAUGGGAGAGGUGUUUACUGGUGUUGGUGUACCGCCACACAUGGAGGCUGGUGGCGGUGGUUCCCACAGACCGCGGGCCAACACAGAGGGCGGGGCAAACAUUCCAAACCCCUACGAGUUUCCCGUCCACCCGGGCGGAGCCUCCACUCUUCCCAGAGGUGGAGGGGCGGGGCCAAUCCCGCCGCCGCCGAGCCAUGCUCCUCCCCCACUCACCCAGAGCUCGCUGGAGAUAUUUGCGAGGGUGUCGAGGUCUCCGCCAGGGAACGGUGCAGGGAGGAGUGGAAGUGUGGGGCACCAUCCAACCCACCACCAUGGGUUCACCAACCGCUCGUUUAGCACCACUCACGCAGGGAACCUCCCCAGCCCCACUACCACUGUUCCCCCCACAAACACAUCUGCAGGGGUCCAUGCCAUGCGGGUCAUCCGCAGUGCCAGCAUGCUCCACCCGGUGAACGAGAAGGACAUGGAUGGAGGACCAGACUAUGCCACCGUGGAGCCGCCAGACUACAUUCCUCCUCCGCGGAAGGCCUCCACCCUCGAUCGCUACCCUCCCCCGCCACAGCAGAUGUACCCCAAUGGUGCCACCAGAGGCAGGAGGAACUCGGACGAACUCAGCUCCUUCUCAGAGAUGACGGCCGACAACGACUCGGUUCAGCUUUCGACUGGCGGGAGUCACGUCCCCGGAGCGUACCGACACCCAGAGACGGGGGCGUUUCGUCCGGGGGAACAGCGAGAGAGUGUCUUCAGUGAGACCUCUACUGAGCAGUCCAUAUCCAGUGGCAGCAUUCGUGAGGCCUCUCCGUCAGGUGCCCCGAGUUGGGUGAGUGGGUCAGAGAAACGUAGGCUGUCCUCUUCUUCUGCCACACCCACCAACUCACGAACCUCCCACAGUCAGCUGCACUAUCCUCCCAUGUCUCCCUCCUAGAACACCAUACAUCACACGGACCUCCACCAUUUUGGCUGUUACCUACACUUCUGUCAUUCACAGCAUCAGCACUUCUAAUCAUUACCACGUACACUGUAGACUAAAGAUCAAGUCUGUUACCUAAGAUCACCUCCUAUAUACCCUUUUUGAAUCCUCGCAUUGUGGGAUUUUAAUAAGCCAGAAUGCAUUCACCUGUGAUUUUCGUUUCCACAAUCGCCCACAUUCAAUCAUUAGUUGAUUAUCUCAUGCUACAACAGUAUAACGUGGCAGAGUGCAAAUUGCUUCGUGCCCCACAAAUAUACAUCACAUGGUAUUUUCUACAUGUGUACAUGUUGCCAGUGUGUGGUUACCAACCACAUUCUUUGUAUAAUUAUACCAGGCUACGUGUGGCAAGCUACUAGUGUUAAAACAUUACUCUUCGCAUGGUUAGUAUAUACGAGAUUCAAAUAUGGGCUCAGGGUUGCCAACUCGAUCUCCUGAGUUCCCGAGAUUCUCCUGAAAUUCAAGC